CGCACGGGCAAUGCGUCAUAGUAUUGACACUGUGUCGCCACAACUCAAGGUAUACGGUGCACAGGGGGUGCUUUUAACACCACACCAUUGCUGAAGUCACUGCAUUUAACAUCGGUGAGAUCGCAUCAACAGGAACAGGAAUUCGUUACUGGGAAGAACCAAGCAUGACGCCUUGUCAUCUCGUCUGUCUCCUGACUUUCAUGACCUUUGUGUCUGGAGUCACCGGGGCAAGCCUGACUGCAUCACCGAAUCAAAUAACAGUCGGGGGCAGUAACCCAACAUCUCAGUUGACUUUAAGUUGCAGGCCAGAUGCACCUGGGAUAACUACAGUGUAUUACAUAGAGAUUGGCAAGAAGUCUUCUACUGGCUCUGAUCAGCCUAUAAUACAAAUGACCAACACAUAUACGUCAGUACAAGUAGUGGACACAAGUCUACAACAGCGGAUCACAGCCUCAGGUUCUAUCAGUGGAGCAACAGGCAACAUACAGUUCAUCCUGACAGAUCUGAGAUGUGAUGAUGCUGCUUCUACAUACUACUGCAAAACGUUAUACUUGGCGGGGUCAGGUGGAAGUGAUGAGGCCACAACCAACAUCACAGCUAGAACCUACCCAGAACAGAUAGAGAUGUUCCCUACUCCUGACAGGGUCCAGUAUGACGAUGGUCAGCUCUUGUCCAUCAGAUGUACAGGACGGAUCGGGAACCAGUUUGAUGAGAACAACCUCCAGAACCUGUGGACAUGGGAGUGGCGAUCUGUAGACGCCGAGUUCGCCUCCUGGACACGGUACCCCAACGACCAAAACAUCACCUACGAACCUCCUACUUCGUCAGCGGAAUGUCAGUAUACAGGGGCGUCAACACUGGUUCAUACAGUCUCGAAUCUAGACAAUGGGAGACAGUUCAGGUGUUCUGUCAUUAGUGCAGACUACAGUGCAAACAAGACGGUUUAUGUUGUUGGUCAAGUACCAAUAUCCGCUACAACCUACAUUCGUCCUGUACCAACAUCUCCUACAACCACCAUUCGUCCUGCCACGAAGCCCUCCCCUCCAACCGAUUUCUAUUGUACGGAGCACUCGGCCUCCAGCGUUAAGAUACAGUGGACCUACAAUGACACUCGUACAGGGGUGUCGAGGUUCGUUCUCUUCCAUCUUCACCAAGACUCAACUGUAUGGAGAGUUAGUCGUUUAGUGGCAGACCAAGACAAGUCCCAGACACGACAGACACUCGUUGUCAAGCAGCUCCAGUCAGACACUCUGUACUACUUCCGGUUGCUGGCGGAUGGAGGGUCGGCGGGUCAAAGCGAGACUGUGACUGUCACGUGUUUCACGGCUUGCAAUGAUUCUCCAGCCGCAUAAGGAGUGACCGCGAGGAAGAACCAAGCUGUUAGCAAACCCCUUCCUGGCGGUGACGUCACAAGCGGCGCAUGGCUUGGGUCACCGUGUAAGCCGAUACACAGUAGCCAGACGGCCGAGGUCCUGUGGAAUCCGGGCUUUCAGACCUUUCCGGGGACAACAGUUAACAGCCAAACAGCUUCGACGGAGACUUAGAUGGGCAUGGACGGUUCAACGUUUUCACUGACUUGAAUGGCAGAGAGUGCUAUUCUCGGGUGACAGGCGAUUCUCUCUGUUCAUUUUGUUUUACGGAUCUAUCUUUUGUGGUUAUUUCACAAUAGUGAUUUAAUCUAUGGAAGCGUUUCUUUAGCCCGUCAGUUUAACUGUAGUUUAAUAUAUCUUUGACACCUGGGAAAUCCACUUGCAUAUAUUAAAUGCAAACAGAAUUGCAAAAUUGAAUGAAGUGUUAUGUAAAUUCACAUUUUGUGUUACAUCUUUGCAGCAAUCCAUAUUUGUGUGUAUGUACGAUUGUGUUAUACUCAUUGCUUUUACAAUAAAGAAAUCUGAGCUUCA